UAUUGAGACGGAUUUAGACUUGUAUAACUUCUUCCCCUCUUCUCUAAUUAAUAUUCUUGCCAAUCUUCUCUCUCUCUCUUGUAAUAAUUGUGAUUGGAGUAGCAUCAAGUAUGUAGCUAUGUAGCAAGUGCAGCUAUAUAUAAAUCCAUGUUGGUAGCAUAGUUGUCUCAGACGUAUACUUGUGCGGAGUCAGUGGCUAUAUAUAUAUAUGGAUAACAAGUGUAGACAAAAACAUUCCAAGACUCAAAAUUCUUGCAGUUGCAGCUCAUGUGAAGAGGUUAGCAGUAUGGAGUGGGAAGUGAUAAAGAUGUCUGAAGAAGAAGAAGAUAUAAUUCGUAGAAUGCACAAGCUUGUGGGAGACAAGUGGGGACUGAUAGCUGGAAGAAUUCCCGGGAGAAAAGCUGAGGAGAUUGAAAGAUUUUGGUUGAUGAGAAAUAAAAGUGAGAGUUUUAAGAGCAACAGGAUGAGGAUCAUAUCCAUACCCCUACAGCAACAACAACAACAACACAAUUCUUGAUCUCUUCUCUUCCUUGUACUCAUCAACAAAUAUGUAAAUGUAUAUACGCUAUUAUUAUUAUUAUUAUUAUACUCCAACUUCUAGUCCAUAUAUAUUUUCUACGACAAUGAUCAAUAAAAAAAGAGUAUGGUAUUAUGUUAGAAUGAGUACGGCUGAUUCUUCU